AUCAGCUGUUGGACCUUCUCCAUCUGUCACUGGACACAUGCUCCUUGGAGCACAUAAGUCCUCCUUGUGGGCACUGCCACAGCUGUGGUCGGGCUGCUGCAGAAGUGAAGAAGUGGGUUCUUUUUCUUCCUACCCUGGAGAACAGGGAGGCCUUCACUACCUUCUUCCCAGCCAGUGCCUUCCUCCUGGUCCAUGGGGACAGUUGUAGCCAAACUGCUCCUGCCUACCGUCAGCAGCCUGGCCUUCCUCCCCACAGUGAGCAUUGCUACCAAGAGGCGUUUUUACAUGGAGGCCAUGGUCUAUCUCUUCACCAUGUUCUUCGUGGCGUUCUCCCAUGCCUGCGAUGGUCCUGGCUUGUCUGUGCUGUGCUUCAUGCGCCGUGAUAUCCUGGAGUACUUCAGCAUCUACGGGACAGCCCUGAGUAUGUGGGUCUCCCUGAUGGCACUGGCAGACUUUGAUGAACCCCAGAGAUCAACCUUCAUGAUGCUCGGUGUCCUUACCAUUGCCGUGCGGACCUUCCAUGACCGCUGGGGCUAUGGGGUAUACUCUGGUCCGGUAGGCACAGCCAUUCUCAUCAUUGCAGUAAAGUGGCUGAAGAAGAUGAAAGAGAAGAAAGGUCUGUACCCUGACAAGAGCAUCUACACCCAGCAGAUAGGCCCCGGCCUCUGCUUUGGGGCACUGGCCCUGAUGCUUCGCUUCUUCUUUGAGGAAUGGGAUUAUACCUACGUUCACAGCUUCUACCACUGUGCCCUGGCCAUGUCCUUUGUCCUGCUACUGCCCAAGGUCAACAAGAAGGCUGGGAAUGCAGGGGCCCCCGCCAAGCUGACCUUCUCCACUCUCUGCUGCACUUGUGUCUGAUCUCAGCUCCCCACCCCCGUUCCAGGCUCCUGCCUUCCUGUCUGGCAGCCCUGCUGUCUCUCUCAGGAUACUUCCUAUACUUUCCCAUGUGGCAUGUCCAUGAGAAAUGGUCUCCUCUGAACUCCAAGAGACCAGCAGGCCUGCUGCACUCUGCUAAAUGCUGCUUGGGGACCCACCAAUCCUGUGUUCAGCAGUUGUUUCACUCUGUUCAGAAAAAAAAGAAAAAAGAAAAAAAAAGAACUUUAUCCCCCAUAAACAUAGGUGCUCCUGCCAGAGAUCUAGUCCAGUAAAUACUGGCCACAAGUCGCAACCCAGCAGCAUAUCCAACAGCAGCAUACAGGGUUAUCUAUUUCCUAGGCCCUGCCUACCAGGAUUGUCUGCUUUCCCUAGGAACCUGGGAUUGCCCUUUCCACCCCCUGCCCCAGGCUCUGAAAGCUCCCACUUAGGAAGCUGGAGCCAGUGAGCCCAGCCCCAGUCUGGACCCAAGCUUGCAUACCCCUGCCUGAGUCCCAUCCCUUCAGUGGGUUUUCGAUUCAGCCAUUCACAGUAAACUCUUGACCAGCCACUAGU